AUGAGAGAAAAGUCGAAUUCGUUUGCUGCUUCUCUGCAUUCCUUCUUUGGCAGGCUUCGAAUCUGCUCUGCACAUUUUGAAGGUGGUGAAAAAAAGGAAGGAGAUAUUCCUGUACCUGACCCUACGGUCGACAAACAGCUGAACAUCGAGCUGCCCCCAAAAGAAAGUAAAGGCGGCGAACGGAAGCGAAACAAAGGUAGCCCUCCGAUAUCGAGAUCGCUGGUCGUACGUAAAAGGCAACUUCCUGAUUUUUUGAGGAACACCCUCGAUACGAGCCCUUGCCCACUGAGUGCAGAGCCGACGACGCCACUAUUGCCCGUCGAGCGACCGCAGAACAUUCACGGCAUCAUCGCCAUGUCAUCGGCGAGAAACAUGAAUGGACCAGCCGGUGCACGACCGUUAGUAGCGUUGCUGGAUGGCCGUGAUUGCACCAUUGAGAUGCCUCUACUCAAGGAUGUGGCAACAGUUGCGUUCUGCGAUGCGCAAUCCACGCAUGAAAUCCACGAAAAAGUGUUGAAUGAAGCGGUUGCUGCACUCAUGUAUCACUCGAUCAAACUUGAAAAAGAGGAUCUGGAAAAGUUCAAAGCAUUGCGGGUUGUGGUGAAAAUUGGUUAUGGAUUCGAUAAUAUUGAUGUGAAAGCGGCAACCGAACUAGGAAUAGCCGUAUGUCACACACCUGGAGAUUGUAUAGAAGAAAUAGCCGAUUUCACUAUGUCUCUUAUACUUAAUCUCUACAGAAGAACAUAUUGGUUGGCGAAAGCUGUUAGUGAAGGGAAAAAAGUUGUCGGUGCGGAACAUGUCCGAGAAGUUGCGGGGGGUAGUAAACGUAUGCGUGGUGAUGUGCUUGGAAUUAUUGGUAUGGGUCGUGUUGGUACGGCUGUCGCACUACGUGCUCGAUCAUUUGGAAUGAAUAUCGUAUUUUAUGAUCCGUUUGUUCCAGACGGUUUUGAAAAAGCUCUUGGUGUUGAAAGGUGUUAUGCUCUGGAUGAUUUACUAAUGAAAAGUGAUGCAAUAUCCUUACAUUGUUUAUUAACCGACGAAACACGACACAUUAUCAACGAACAAACGCUAAAACAAUGCCGACCCGGUGUGUUUAUAAUCAACACAAGUCGAGGAGGACUUGUUGAUGAGACCGACCUAGCCAGCUAUUUGAAGUCUGGACAUGUCCGAGGCGCCGCUCUUGACGUACACGAACAAGAACCCUAUGAAGGGAAUAUGUUAAAUCCACUUUCUCAGUGCCCAAACGUUAUACAUACCCCUCAUGCUUCAUGGUUUUCGGAUAGUUCUUGUAAAGAACUCAGAGUAAAUGCGGCUAAAGAGGUCCGACGAGCAAUCCUGAAUCGGUUUCCGAAUGAUUUGCUCAAUUGUGUGAACAAGGAGCAACUUCUUGCGAAUGGUGGUGGUGCACGAAGAGCAUUAGCUGCUGCAGCUGCUGCUGCCAAUCAACCGGGUCCCAGCAGUUAUAAUCCAUUAGUGGGAAUGCAGAAUUUUGGUUUCAAUGGCCUCCCACAAAUGGGUCAAAUGGGAGCGUUUCCGUAUGGUAAUCCACUAUUAGCAAUGGGUGGUAUGAAUUUGAAUCCGCUCCUGAUGACUCCGAACUCCGCCGCUCUUGCCCAAUUUGCCAAUCCUGCUGCUGCCCUUUCAACACUCGCUGCCCAAACAUCGCAAGCGCCGGUGGUUAAUGUCGGUUCUCCCGCACUUAACGCAACUCCGAGUCCUAAUGCUACAUCCGGAAAAUUGGCUAGUCCUCAAAACGGAGGAAUCACACCACCAUCGCCCUCUAAUGCUGAAGUGCCAGUGUCGUUGUCCGCGAAUUUACCCGGUGCAACGGGUGCGUCCGGAGAGGAGAUUCGCCUCAAAACCGAAAAAGAAGAUCCGGUUGAGGUGAACGGUCAAGGGGAAAAUGAGCUCAACGGCACCAACAACGACGAGUAG